AUGUACUCCAUUCCCCCGCCCCGCCGCUUCCUGGUUCUCUCGGCCUCGGUCUCAGCUCCGUUCGACCCGAGCCACAAGUUCCUCGUCUUGUCGCCCACCGAGUCGGACCCUGACCCUCGCGCUUAUGAUGAGCAGGCUGUAACCGAGUCUGCCACUGCCGACCACGAGCAGGAGCUGCACCGCUCUAACAGCUCCUCCUCCGCUUCAUCAGAGGACUCUCAGUUCAGCGACGUUCAUGCCACCUUGCCUAAUGGCUUCCUCUAUCUCGGCCACGUCAAAAAAAGCCGCACCUCCCAGUGA